CAUAGUACAGGAGAUGACCAGAGACUGCGGACAUAGUACAGGAGAUGACCAGAGACUGCGGACAUAGUACAGGAGAUGACCAGAGACUGCGGACAUAGUACAGGAGAUGACUAGAGACUGCGGACAUAAUACAGGAGAUGACCAGAGACUGCGGACCUUUGGGGAGCGGGUACCCAAAUUUGACAGGUACCCGCUCCCACUUCCGUGGAGUUGUCCUCAACGUAGUCUUGUGAGAGGUCCCAGAAGACUAGGGGCCAUUCACAAAGCACAGUGCUUCUCUCACAUGCACAGUGGGUGCCCACUCUGAAGAUACCAGCGCCAGGGAGAGAAGACAGCUGGUGAAAGCAGGACACUGCUGGACUGAGGAAUAGGUA